GCGUGUUCCCAAAGUAAAUCUCCACUUUCUAAGGGGAUGAGCUGAGGGGGUUGGGAGGUAACUUGCGGUCGUUUCUCUCUACGGUGAAAGGUGCAGGAGGUGCAUGCUUUACAAACCUACAAAUUAACCAUCUCCUGUACCUUUAAUGCAGUGAGGUAAUACGCACGUCUGUUGUUACCGUGUGCAUUGUGUAAUAGAUGAAGAUACCUAAACUAAAUCUAAUGAGGUUAAUGAGGUUGACUCCUCCCAGAUUUGCAAUUUAUCAUAUUAAAUUUCGCAUCAUUCAGCUUUGCCUCAAAAGUGCUAGGGCGACUCAGAGCCCCGGGAAACCGCGCAGAGCUGUCUCCGUUACGCACGGUGCUGAAAGUGCCGGUCGCCGCAUCAUGUGGUCGAUCCUCUUUUUCUUUAUGUAUUACUUGAACAGAAAUUUCGUCAAAGGCGACCUAUUGACCCGCGCUUUGGACGCAGAGAAGGGGGUCAAAGAGAUGUUCUCCGUGGUCAACGACACCUUUUGCGCAAAAAUGUCAAACCUUGAGGAGAAUUUCCUUUACCAGGUAUCAGAUGGAACGGAGGUGGUGCGCUCCGUGGUCAGUUCCGCCGGGAAGCUUGUGAACUGUUCUGCCACAGUGAACAAGAUUCAGGUGAACUCAUUCAUGCAUGAGUGUUGGUUAGGGCUGAAAGAACAAAGAGCCGCACGGGAGCUGCAGACGGUUUUUGCGCACAUGGACAAAGCCAAACUGAUGUGCAGAGAGUUUAAAGCGAGGUCUGAGCGCAGCGGCAGUGUGGAAAUGGAUGAAAGAGAUGACUCUGCGCUGCAGCACAAGGUUUUAGAAAGAUCCAAGCGAGGCUUCACUUAUCCAGGGACCCUGUGGUGUGGAGCCGGUAACAUGGCUGAUCACUAUGACCAGCUGGGAAGCGCUGCAGAGACCGACAGCUGCUGCCGUACCCAUGACCACUGUCCUCAUGUCAUCCACGCCUUCUCCUCAAGUUACGGCUACACUAACUUCAAGUGGCACUCCAUCUCUCACUGUGACUGUGACGAUGAGCUGAAAGCUUGUCUGAGGAAAGUCAAUGACACAACUUCCAGGGUUGUUGGUCAGGCAUUCUUUAAUAUUUUUAGUGUGCCCUGCUUUGAGCUAGUCUAUGAAGACCAGUGUAAGGAGCGACACUGGUAUGGCCUGUGUAAGCAAUAUGAGAAGUUCCCCAUUGCUGUGAUGAAAGAGGCGGUCCCGUAUGGCUUUCGUGGUAUUGAUGUCAUUGAUGAGCUGACUGUAGCGCCUCCCAAAAACAAACAUUCCAAGAAAAGCAAGGAAGAAGAGAAACCGGAGAGCACAACUUUGUCUACUAUGUCAGGCACCGAAGAGCCUUCACUAACAAAUGUUGUCACUGCUGCUGAGGACUUCAUCAAGUUCCUCGCUACUGUCUCCACCUCUCAAGGCUCCAGCCCUGACUCUGACAAAGGCGAGACACAGAGCUCAGAAAAGAAGAAGAGGAAGAACACAGGGAAGAAGAGGAAAACCACUAAUAAACAAAAAGGAAAAGGAAAGGGGAGGAGGAGAAAGCAGAAAGCAGAGGCAGGUGUUAAAGUAGAGGAAGGAGCAGCUGUUUCUCCCUCUGGCAACAGAGCAGAAGAAGUCAUUGCUCUAAGUAACUUCAUCAAUGAGUCACAGAAGCUUGACCAGUCAGGUAGAAACACAAACAGAAUGGGUGACAGUGAAUAUGAGCUUGGAGAAAAGGAACAACCCUCCAAUGAAGUCAUGAAAGACGAACCAGCAAUGGAUAAGGAGACUGUUUCCAUUACAUCACCUCCGACAGUCCAGAAGAAGCCAGCAGAGUCACACAUUGAUAUGCUCAUAGAGGAAAACACUUCUUGUACGUCAGCAAGUGUGACAACUGUUAUUCCACAGAAAGACAAAAACAAAAGGCUAAGAAAGGGGAGGAGGAUGAACAGGAAAAUAAUUCCUCUUCCUCCUUCCAAAGAGCUUGUAGCAAACACAACAGAUAUUCUAAGCACCAUGUCUACCUUCACCAUCAUCACCCCAGCAUCACAGCCCAAGCAGCAAAGCUUAGGGAAUGACACUGAAGAGCAACCUGUCGUCAGUGUCAACGCUAAAAGGAACAGGUCAAAGGAGAGAAAAGAUGGAAAGGGCAGGAAAAAAAAUAGGAAAGUCAGCUUAGUUUCUCUCUCUGUGGCUGCUGGCCAUGAAGAUCCCCCUGCCAGUGAUCUGAAAGUGAUCCCUCUGAGCGCCACUGUACCAUCGGCCCUUGGCCCAGAGUGGCAGGUUUCCCACAGGCCUGGUGUUUAUCUAGGCAAUAUGACCGCCCACAUUAGAGCUCUGAACUCUUCUUUCGCUGUUUUGAAAAGGCAAAGGUUGAACGAGAGGGGACUGAGAAACAAAAGGACGAAAACAGUUUUGCCUCUUUCAGGUGAAAAUCCACUUUUUCACAACAGCUCUAAAAAUGUACUCCCUAUUCCCACAACAACAGAUGGUUCUGUGAUCACUGCUGCAAUUAGUGGACCCAUGGAACAACUAGAAACUCACCGAAAAAGGAGGCGUUUUACAACAGCUGCCCCUACCAUCAGCACAAAACAACACAGGAAACAGAGGAAACCAAGAAAGAAAGCCAUGCCUUUACCUCUCAGGGAUGGAGCUCAAGUCCCUCUACAGACUGUGACAUCCAACACUGCAACUACUGAAGAGCCCAGUCUGCAAAAAUCUGAAAUAUCUGAAAUGCAGCACAUGACCACCUCAGCAACUCUCGUCAUGAGCCCCGUUCAGUUCUCUAAUGAGAAAGCAAGAGCACAGUUCUCUCGGAAGAAGAAGAAAGCAACUGUCAGACGACAAUGAGCCAUGUGGCGCAAACGUGAUGGAUGAGAUGCAUUUGCUUCCUGACAAGUUAAAUACUAAAUUAAAAUAUUUAGAAUAUAAUCUUUUCUGGUUUCAAAUCACAGAUAUUGACAGAAAUCAUGUUUUGUUAUACUUUAUUUUGCAUGACUAUAAUAAAAUUUCUAAAUGAU